AUGUUGUGGCUGUGGGCCGCCUUUGCAGUUCAAGCAGUCCAGAGUGCUGAGUACAAGGCUGUGCACGCAGUCGCUGCCAAUGGCAAUAUUGAGUCCCUUCAUUCGGGCCCCGGCUACGUCCGCCGCGAAAGCCGAUCCAGCCAGGAUGCAAGCUUUGUUCAUCAAGAGCCUGUGAGCAAGGUGGUGGUGAGUGCAACAGAAGCCGUCUCGAAUCUGACGGUGAAGUCUGGAGGGGAUCAAGCGGUGACCGUGUGGAAGGAUCAGGAAAAGGAAGCAGCAACCGCAAUGUCAUUGUCACUCCUCGCUUCCAUUGGCUUCGUCCUGUCAGUUUUCUACAUGGUGAACACUUCAAACACCAUGCUCCAGGUGGCAACAUGGAGGCUUCUCGCUUCCAGUAUUUCGCUUUUCUCGGUCAUACUCUUGUUCAUGGUCAUGAAGAAGGGAUGGAAGACGAUGAUGGGCUCUUCGGAGUCCAGUGAAGCCAAAGUGAUCAGCGAUGUCCUUUCCUUCCUUCGGUACCUCAUCCUUCUGUUCCUGACACCGUUUCUGCUGAAAAAGAAGAUGGAGACUGAGAGCUUGAAACAGUGCAUCCGCAUCGUCGGCGUGCAUUUGGUUGGCUUUGCAGGUGCUGACGCCUUCACGGAUAUAUUGAAGCAAGAUGUUUUCAACUCCGGUCCGUACAUGUACUUCUUGGGGGUCCUUUGCGUUUGCCUGUUGCUGGGGGCGAUCCAAUGGGGAAUGAGGAAGUGGAGGGCGCGAUCAGAAGGUUCGACGACUUCUGCCCCAGAAGCAAGUGGUGAAGCAGCCGGAGGGUCGGAGGCACCACCUGCAGAUGCUGCAGCUGCUGCAGCUGCAACAGAUUCUGCCGCGCCCAGUAGUUCUGGCUUCGCAGCCCUGGUAGAAGAGAUGGAGAUGGAAAUAGUUGCAUUUACUGUAGGCUUUCUCUUCUCAAUGUGGCUUCGCUUCUGUAUCACUGGCGCAGUACCAGGAGCCAGGUAUGGUCGGAAGACCACAGGAGACGAUGUGAAUUGGCUCUUUUGCUUUGCGCUUCUGACUUUCCUCUUCGCUGCAGCUUUUGCAAAAUUUGUCCUCCCCAAUGCGGAGAACUUGUCACCCACCCUGGGGCGAUUGGUGAAGACGCUGUCAGCGGUUCUUUGGAUGACAUUUGGCUGGCUGGUGUUCUACCUAUGCCAGUGGUUCCUGUGGAACUUCACCGCGGACGACGCCAACGGUGCGCAUCACACGGCCAAACUCAUCGCGGCCAACGGCCUGGCGUUGAUGGGAUCGGUGCUGGUCUUCUUCCCAAUGGUUGUGGGGCAUCUUUUGAAGCGAUCGAGCUGGAUGACUUCCCCAACCUUUGUCAACAUCGCUUCCCUGAUUCUAGCGUUUUCCUGGGAAACGGCUGUCUACACAGCCGUGCAAGGGGCAUCCGAGACUGUGGAAGGUGAAACGAUGCAAAAAGUACUUGCUAUGAUUGACCUGGUCAUCAUCCUUGUCGUGAUCCUGCCUGGGUGGUACAUCUACAUGCUCCCCUCUGCAAGAGCAGAAGCCAAAGAAGAGGCAAAUGCUGAUGCAGCGGCUGAAGACAAGCCGCCGGAGGCAGCCACGUGA